GAGCAUCCGUCCAAUGAGGCGCUCCCGUCAGUCUCGUCCCGCCCGCCCCUCGCUGCCGCAGAAGAGGUUUUUUUAAUCCAAGUGGAUUAUGUUGCAAAUUGGGUGAGCUGCUGCAAAAUCUCCAGCGAGACGCCGGAAGCCGCGUCCGCCCUCUCGCUUCCAGAACCGCGAGCCGACGUCAUGAGGAAGAACUCGCCGGAACCCGGAAGACGAGGCGGCAAGAACGGGCCGACUGUUGAAGAUCUCCAGGACGACGGAAGCAGAAUGGCGAACAGGUCCAAACCGCACCGAGUUCUAGGAUUCUUCUUCCUGUGGAUCGGCGUUCAAGCGCAGAUGAAGAUACCGCCAGAGAUUGUGCAGCAGUGGGCGUCCAUCUUCUCGUCGCAGCUUCGAGAUCUUUCCACCAAAUAUUCGGGAUCUCUUCUCCUGCAGAAGAAACUGAAGGACGUGGAGCCCAUCGUCAAGAUGGUGGACGUGGACGGAGGCGAUCUGGUCAAGGAUUACGCAGACCAGAUCGAACGCAUGCUGGGCAGCAAAAUGAAGUCGGUCAAGCGGUUAGCCGAGUCUGCGGAAGACGCCGACCUCUACCACGAUUUCAACGCGUCCUUAGAGUUCGACUACUACAACUCGAUGCUGAUCAACACGGCGGACGAGGACGGCAACUUCGUGGAGCUGGGCGGCGAGUUCCCGCUGGAGGACAACGAGCACUUCGACAAGAUGCCCGUCAACACCCAGCAGAGCACCAUCCAGGUGCCCACCAACGUCUACAACAAAGACCCCGACAUCCUGAACGCCAUCUACAACUCGGAGGCCCUCAACGACGUGUUCGUGGGAAACUUCCAGAAGGACCCCACGCUCACCUGGCAGUACUUCGGCAGCUCCACGGGCUUCUUCAGGAUCUACCCGGGCAUCAAAUGGACUCCGGACACCAACGGCGUGGCGGCCUUCGACUGCAGGAACCGAAACUGGUACAUCCAGGCGGCGACGUCGCCCAAGGACAUCGUCGUCAUGGUGGACAUCAGCGGCAGCAUGAAGGGCCUGAAGAUGACCAUCGCCAAGCACACCAUCAACACCAUCCUCGACACGCUGGGCGAGAACGACUUCGUUAACGUCAUCGCCUACACAGAUUACGUGCGCUACGUGGAGCCGUGCUUCAAAGGAACGCUGGUCCAGGCCGACCUGGACAACAGGGAGCACUUCAAGAUGCUCGUGGACGAGCUCCACGUGAAAGGGGAAGCGAAGAUCAAGAACGCCAUGAAAGAAUCCUUCAAGAUCCUCAACGAGGCGCGCGUGAACGGGCAGGGCAGCAUGUGCAACCAGGCCAUCAUGCUGAUCACCGACGGCGCCAUGGAGGACUUUCGCUCCGUCUUUGAGGAGUUCAACUGGCCCGACCGCAGGGUGCGCGUCUUCACGUAUUUGAUUGGCAGGGAGAUGACCUUUGCCCAAAACACAAAGUGGAUCGCGUGCAACAACAAAGGCUACUACACGCACGUGUCGACGCUGGCCGACGUUCAGGAGAACGUGAUGGAGUAUCUGCACGUGCUGAGUCGUCCGAUGGUCAUCAACCACGAUCACGACAUCAUCUGGACCGAAGCCUACAUGGACACGGUGCUUCCCAAAACUAAGGAGCUGUUCAACACCAAGGCCCAAAGUCUGCUGCUCAUGACGUCGGUGGCCAUGCCCGUCUUCAGCAAGAAGAAGGAGACGCUGUCCCACGGGAUCCUGCUGGGCGUGGUGGGCACCGACGUUCCCCUCACGGAGGUCAUGAAGCUGGCGCCCAGAUACACGCUGGGCGCUCACGGCUACGCCUUCCUCAUCACCAACAACGGUUACAUCCUGGCGCACCCCGACCUCCGACCUCUGUACAAGGACGGCAAGAAGCUGAAGCCCAAGCCCAACUACAACAGCGUGGAUCUGUCCGAGGUGGAGUGGGAGGACGCCGACGAGACGCUGAGGACGGCCAUGGUGAGGGGCGAGACGGGAAGCCACAGCCUCAACGUCAGAGCGUCCGUGGAGAACGGGAGGCGACCUCUCUUCCUGGUCAAUGAAUAUUUCUACACAAACAUUGACGACACUCCUUUCAGCUUCGGCAUGGUGCUGACCCGAGGUCACGGGAAGCUCAUGUUCGUGGGCAACGUGUCGGUGGAAGAAGGGCUCCAUGACCUGACCUCUCCGGACCUCAGCAUCGCCUCAGAGUGGACGUACUGCGAGACGGACAUCGACCCCGCCCACCGCAAGUUCACGCAGCUGCAGGCGGCCGUCCGCUACCUGCUGGGCAAGGAGCCCGACCUGGAGUGCGACGAGCUGCUGCUUCAGCAAACGUUGUUUGACGCGGUGGUGACGGCGCCCAUGGAGGCUUACUGGAACGCCAUCGUGCUCGACGACAGGGUGGAGCCCGGCGUGGAGACAGCCUUCCUGGGCACGCGCGCCGGCCUGAUGAGGAUCAUGAGAUACGCCGGCGUGGAGACGCGCGUGGCAAAGAAGUUCUUGACCCCGGUGGACAAGGACAACCUGUUCACGGUGGACCACUUCCCGCUCUGGUACCGACUGGCCGCAGAGAACCCGGCCGGAAGUUUCUUCUACUACCCCGUCAACGACAAAGGUCAAGGGGUGAAGUUCGUGGUGGCCACCACGUCGGUCACCGUGUCGGCGCAAGGGAAGACGGCCAUGGCCGGAGCCGUGGGCCUGCAGAUGUCCUUGGACUUACUGGAGAAGACUUUCUGGGCCAUCACCAAGCAGGCAAGCGACACAGAUUGUUCCAACAUCGAAGGAUUGUGUCCCCUCAGCUGUGAGAGUGAUGACCUCAGGUGUUUGUUGGUGGACAAUCACGGUUUCAUCCUGCUGUCCAAGGAGAGGAAGGAGGUGGGCCGCUUCCUGGGCGAGCUCGACGGCAGCGUGAUGUCGACGCUCAUCAAGAUGGGGAUGUACAAAAAAGUGUCACUGUUCGACUACCAGGCGAUGUGCAAGAACAGCCACCACCACGCCAGCGGCGCUCGGACUCUGCUCGGCCCCUUCUACGUGGCCGCGGCGAUCGCCCGAUGGAUCUUUUCCAACGCGCUCAUGUUCUUGUUGGACCUGAACUUGUGCGGUUUGUGGCACUCGGACUACUUUGUGGACGCCAAGGCUGGAUAUCACACCACUCACAAGCAGAAGAAGGUGGAGGCUCUGGUUCCCUGCGAGACGGCGUAUCCCGGCUUCACGUACGACACGUCCAUCAAGGAGGCCAACAGCAUCAUCAAAUGCGGACGCUGCCAAAAGAUGUUUGUGGUGCAGCAGGUUCCCGACACCAACUUGCUGCUGGCGGUGACCGAAGCAAACUGCGACUGUUCCCGCCAGUACGGACCCAUCCCGCUGGAGCCCAAAGAGAUCAAAUAUAUCGCCACCGUCAAGUGCAACCGGAUGAAGUCGCAGAAAGUGCGCAGGCGCCCCGAGUCCUGCCACGCCUACCACCCCAAGGAAAACGCAAAGGAUUGUGGGGGCGCCUGCAGCAUCAGCCUGUCAAUCAAGCUUUUCUCCGCCUCCCUGCUCCUUUCUGGGUCCCUCCUCCGCAUGACGUAGCCACAGCGACUGGCCAAUAAGGAGGCGGCGGUGGGUCCUGAAGCAGGAAGUAGAUUUAUUUGGGGAGAUGGAGACAGACCUCGUUUCCUGUCAGCAGGGGAAGAUUUCGCAAGAAAAGCAGAGCAGCUUGUUGCCGUGACGGGAGACAUUUUGGGAGAAACUAUGGCGCCCUCUGCUGGAUAGAUUUGAUCUAAGCCUUUACUUCUUCUGGAGCAGGCUAAAUGUUUUUUUUCUUAACAUUGCUUAAUGGAAACUAUAUUUGAGUAGCUAGAAAAUUCAUUACAUAAAACCAAUGUAUUUAUAUCUAAAUUUUAAAUUAGUCAUUUUAAUCCUACAAGAAUCAUUUUAGUGGACAAGUUGUUUUUCUUUGUGAAAUAAGGUCUUUUUAAUAACAAAAAAAAUUAUGUGAGCUGUUUUUUUUAAGAAUUUGACAAAAGUUAAAAAUGUAUGUCUGACAAAAUAAGUAAUGAUCCAAUGAAAACAUCCAUCCAUCCAUUUUCUUUACUGCUUCUCCUCACGCCGGUCGCGGGAGUGCUGGAGCCUAUCCCAGCUAUCUUGGGGUGGGAGGGCGGUUACACCCUGGACUGGUCGCCAGCCAAUCGCAGGGCACAUCAAAACAAACAACCAUACACACUCACACCUACGGGUAAUUUCGAGUCCUCAAUCAACCGAGCACGCAUGUUUUUGGGAUGUGGGAGAACAUGCAAACUCCACACAGGCGGGGCUGGGAUUUGAACCCCGGUCCCCAGAAAUGUGAGGCAGAUGUGCUAACCCUCUGUGCCGGCCCAAUGAAAACAAUGAUCAGGAAAUCACUAACUUGUACAAGAAUAAAGUGGGAUUUUCCAAGAAGCUGAAAUUGUACUUGACGAGCUUCAUACAAAAAAGUCAAUCUUAUGAAUGUCAGAAAUGUAGUUUGUUGAAAAAUGUUUUUUUUCUUAAUGUAAAAAGGCUCAAUUUUACACAAAGUUGAAGUUUUCAAAAAGUUAGAAUUGUAGAUGUUUUUUUAUUUUAAAAAAAGUAUUGUUAAUAGCAACAUUUGAAUGCAAUUCUGUAAUUCAUUCUGGGGAUAAAACGUCAUAAUACGACAGACAAAUGUAUUUUCUUUGAUAAAAACAAAGUACUUUUGGACAAAAAAAAAAAAAAUCAAUCAAGUCAAGAAGAAAGCAGAAUGUUCUGGUCAGUGUAAAAAUGUUUAGUUUAGACCACUGAUGUUUUAUUCAGGAAUUCAGAAUCCAAAAUGACAACUCUGAAUAAAUAAAUAAAUAAGCAUGAAUUUUAAA